CGGGGCCGGCAGGAGGCGCCGUGGCGGCCGGGCGGGGUGAGGGGUUGGCCGCGGCCGCAUAAAAGCACCGCGCACGGUUGGGCCCCGCGUCGCCUUGAGAGACGGAUUCGCAGCGUCGGCAGCUCAGGAUGUCUAAAAAAAUCCAUGGAGGCUCUGUUGUGGAGAUGCAAGGAGAUGAAAUGACACGAGUCAUCUGGGAGCUGAUUAAAGAAAAGCUGAUUUUUCCUUAUGUAGAUCUGGAUUUGCACAGCUAUGACUUGGGCAUUGAGCAUCGUGAUGCUACAAAUGAUAAAGUAACUGUGGAGGCUGCUGAAGCCAUAAAGAAAUACAGUGUUGGCAUAAAGUGUGCAACCAUCACUCCUGAUGAGAAAAGAGUGGAGGAGUUCAACUUGAAGCAGAUGUGGAAGUCUCCCAAUGGGACAAUUAGAAACAUCCUAGGUGGCACUGUCUUCAGGGAGGCCAUCAUCUGCAAGAACAUUCCCCGCCUAGUGUCUGGAUGGGUGAAACCCAUUGUCAUUGGCCGUCACGCUUAUGGGGAUCAAUACAGAGCAACUGAUUUUGUGGUGCCUGGGCCUGGAAAAGUAGAGAUGACAUACACUCCAAAAGAUGGAGGCAAACCAGUCACGUAUCUGGUCCAUAAUUUUGAAAGCUGUGGUGGUGUAGCCAUGGGAAUGUACAAUCUUGACCAGUCUAUCAAGGAUUUUGCCCACAGUUCCUUCCAAAUGGCACUGUCUAAAGGCUGGCCCCUCUACAUGAGCACCAAGAACACCAUCCUGAAGAGAUAUGAUGGUCGCUUUAAAGAUAUCUUCCAAGACAUCUAUGACAGAGAAUACAAGUCCCAGUUUGAAGCCAAAAAGAUCUGGUAUGAGCAUAGGCUCAUUGAUGACAUGGUUGCUCAGGCCCUGAAAUCUGAAGGAGGCUUUGUGUGGGCCUGCAAGAACUAUGAUGGGGAUGUCCAGUCUGACUCUGUUGCACAAGGCUAUGGCUCUCUGGGCAUGAUGACCAGUGUGCUGAUCUGCCCUGAUGGUAAGACUGUUGAAGCAGAAGCUGCUCAUGGCACGGUUACUCGUCAUUACCGCAUGCACCAAAAAGGCCAGGAAACCUCCACUAACCCUAUUGCCUCCAUCUUUGCAUGGACAAGAGGACUAGCUCACAGAGCAAAGCUGGACAACAACACUAGCCUCAAGAACUUUGCAGUUGCCCUGGAAGAAGUCUGCAUUGAGACCAUUGAAUCUGGCUUUAUGACAAAGGACCUUGCUGCCUGUAUCAAAGGCCUACCUAAUGUCACACGCUCUGACUACCUGAACACCUUUGAGUUCAUGGACAAGCUUGCUGAAAACUUGAAGGGGAAGCUGGCCUCUCUGCACAAACUUUAAGGCAGGGUUUCUACUCAAGCUCCACUAACAAAGUGUCUGCCACUUACACCAGAGUUUCAGUGGCACUGUAUCACUGUGUAAUAUUUCAAAUAUUAGACAAAAAUGAACAUGUAUACUUUUUCAAAUGUUUAAAAGACCAUGUUUUCUUAAAUCCUCUGAAUUGCUGAGCUAAGCAGAUGAAUGUGACAGUAUUCAAGCUCACCAUGGGUCUGGAUCAUUGGUUCUGCUGUCAUUCACAGCAAACCUGAGGUUUCCCUCCAUGACUUCAUGAUCUGUACUUCUUUUCUCUCUUUCUCACAGACUGAAAGCCAAUCUGUGUCACAGCUCUGGUAAAACCAGUGGUGACUUCUUGUCCAACAGCCCUAAAGUCAGAACUGUCCUCAUCGUUCCAGUACUGUCCAUAAAGUACAAAUGAGCUCACAGGGCUAUGCAAGCUCUACUGCAGCCCCUUUUUUAUCUUCUAGUGCCAAGUAGAGCACAGUAUCCUGAUAAGGGAUUUGGUCCCAUUGCUACAGUUUGUACUGUAGCAUUUGAGAAGCACUUAGGAAAUGCUAGAAUCAAGCCCCAUAGGCUAAGAGCCUAAUAAAGCCAUGCUGUAGUGUCUGAAUGCAGGCCAUGCAUUUAGUUACACUCCUGACUGGAUGCAUGCAUAGGAAUUGUGUUUUCCCUCACACCACGAUUCAUAAAUGUGCAAAACUUUUCUCUAGCUGUCUGAGCUGUUACUUACACUUCCUAUUGUGAUACAGCAGGACAGACUAUAACUGUGAAAAACUGUUCCAUCCAGGGCUUUGUGUUGGGUUUUUGUUUUUUAAAGAAUAUUUAGUUCAGACUAAAAUAAAAGCCAAUUAACAUUC